CACGCGUGGGUGAAGCGCUCGUACCCUGGGACGCGCAGUCAGACAGUACGAUGCAGUAUGGGGGGAUAAACACAGUUUGCAUCUUAUAGGAGUAAACAACGAUCUCCUCAAAAUACACUAUAUAGAAAGACCGGUGAAACAUGGUAGCUGGCUAGCUACUUUAUUUCGGUCUCCCAAGUUUUCCGUUGUAGACUAAAGGUUUUAUGUAGCCAAAGACAAGGAGACAUGUGGGUGGAUAUUACAACCAGUUGGAUAGUCCGAAACUGGAUCAGGCACUUCAUUGUUUUUCUAUACGUACAGGUUGUUUUCUCCAGGCCUAGCUGUAACUCACAGCAGUAUCCAAAAGACAGGAGAUGUUGCAGCAAGUGCCCACCAGGGACGUUCGCGUUUGUCCUCUGUGCGGGGACAUCAGACACCAUCUGCCGGCCUUGUGGAAGCAAUGAAUACCAGCCAGACUGGAACAACGAGACAAGGUGUCAGACGCAGAAGUUCUGUGACAAAGGGAGGGGCUUUGAUCCGGUGCGGCCGGAGAACCGCACGGCUGCCGUGCCAUGCCGCUGCCUGCCGGGGCUCCAGUGCUCGCUGGUUAACUGCGAGUUCUGCGAGAGGAUGAAGGUGUGCCCUCCUGGGUACGGGCUCACUGUGGGAGAAACAGGCCGGGGCUCGUGCGCCGAGUGCAGACCUGGGUUCUUCAGCAACGUUUCUUCGGCAACAGAGCCCUGCAGGCUGUGGACCGAUUGCAAAGCACUGGGGAGGGCAGAGAAACAGCCAGGGACAGAGAAAACAGAUGCAGUGUGUGGACCUCAUGUUCCUGGAAGCACCACAUCGUGGGUUGUAGUGGGUGUCCUGUCAGUGAUCGUUGUCAUAUCGCUGGUGAUCCUGCUCCUGUUUUGCUGCAAAGACAAGUUGAAGUCUCUCUCUGAGAAUGUGCGAGCGUGUGUGCAGGACUUGAAGAGCAACACCAUGUGCCAGGAGGCAGCGCAGCAGAACGGCACCCUUGAAAUCAAAAGCCUGAUUCGCCAAGAGGGGGACCUGCAGGAGUCUCUCAAUGCGUGCGGCAACAGCGAGAAACCGCCUCCGGGGGGCGACGGCGAGGCGGCCGCGGGAGGCUGCAGCUGCGUGCUGGCCCUGAAGGAGCCCAUGGAGGUGGGCGAGAACGAGGACUGCAGCCAGGCGGUGGCGCUCUGCUCCUGCCGGGACGGGGAGGGAGGGGGAGGGCGCCUGCUGGAGCCGCCCGUCUGCGGCGGCGGCUGCACCGAGGAGGGCACGGAACUCUGCGGCCGGCCGCUACAGGGCGGCGCGCCGGAGGCCGGCGGGGGCCACGCUGGCGGGGAUGCGCGGGCAGAGGCGGAGGACGACAGACAGGGGGCGCCCUGCUGCCACAGCACAGACUCCACUGCGAAAGCGCCGCUGUCCUUAGCCAGCGACGGCGACCAGGGCCUCUCUCUGCACCUGUCCACAGGUGACGUGUCUCAGGGCCCUGAGCCGGAGUGUCCCGGUCACACUGUGGCAGCUGGCCACGUCACAGGAAACGGCAACACCACUUUCAUUUCAAACGGACAAGUAAUGAACUUCAGCGGCGAUGUCAUUGUAGUGUAUGUCAGCCAGAACUCUCAGGGGGACAGUGGAGAUCUGGAAGAGGCUUUCGCCAGUCCUGUCCAGGAAGAGACCAACAAGGAGGGAUUUGAGGGGGUCGCCAAGCCCAAAACAAGCACUGCGCUGCAGGAGGAUACGUUAAUGUUCUGAGAAAACCCCAGACAGGGGGUCACAAAUGGACCCAGCCAGCAGAAAUAAGCAUAACACUUAGAGGGCGCUGAAGAUGCACUUAAAGGAAUAAAUGCCUUCUGGGAAAUGUAGGCAUGAAGCCAACACAGUGGGACUCUCCUCCUGUCUGUAAUUCAGACUGUUCUCACAGCAUCCAGAUUACUGCGAUAUUUGUACUAAAAUAAAUGCUAUGCAUUUGUUAAACUUUAUUCAUGGUUUAUUUUUUAUAGUUAUUUGUGUGCAUUUUGUCAAUAGGCAAACUGAUUUGGGAAUCCAGUUGAAAUUCAAAUAUGUGGGCUAUACUUAUUAUUUUAUUGUUAUUUUUAUGCAUGCUUGUCUGUGAUUGAUGUGGAGUGAUCAGCAGAACCUGCACAUUGUGUGCAGAUACAGGCAACAUGCCUACAACUCUUCCAUCUAAAGCUGCUAAUUUGUUAAAGCUGAAGGCGGAAUUGCUAGAAUUUCCCUUCCUCUCCCCUU